ACGGUUGUGGCACCCGCUACUCCAGCACUGAGUGGCCCAAACACCGAAGCUGGUGGUUUACUGCUUAUUUUGUAUGUAGCUACAUUUAAUGCUAAUCACAAGCCUAGCGCUGGAACACUAGUUAGCUUUUGUUUGCAGUGUAGCUAAGGUGCAACCUUCUGUGGAAAUGGGUUGUGUGGGGGCGGUGCGAUUUGUUUUUGUUUUUUUUACCGUUAGUCUGCUGGCCAACUUUAAGAUGCUAAACGCUAAACACAACGAGCUGUAUGAAUACGUGACUAUUUAAACCACAGUAAUUAAGACGAAAGGCUCCAGUCGUGUUAUGUUCUUGACAAAUGCUAGCUAGAGUAGCUGAGCGGUUGCCAAUAGAGACAGGAGGCGCUAUGUGUAUUCAUUUUAUGCUGCUCUUAAACCCAGAGCUGCUAACAGUGACGAUGAAAUGAUAAAUAAAUAAAAAAAAUGGCAGUAAAAAUGUAUUCUGCUCGGUUCUGUUGCACUGUUAGCUUGAUGACUACCCUUACACUGUAAACCCACCAGCACAGAUUGAACAUGGCUACAAAGCCGAAGGGGAAAGCCUCGAAAAGUUCAUUCAGGGAUGAUUUGCUUGACAGCUUGCUUGAUGAUGACAAGCAGCCAGUAAGGACGAAAGCAUCACACGAUGGACCUAUGUAUAGCACGCUAGCACAGGAGAUAAAAAUGGAUGGUGCGGACACUGAGGACUCGGAUGUGUCAGCGGCUGAUCCCAGCGACAUACUCAAGAGCAUGAAGGACAUGGACGACAUGGACGCUGACCUCUUUGCAUCAAAGAAGAAGCCCAGUUCGGCUCCCGCGCAAACAAAGCCACUUGUUAGCGAAGGACCAAAGAAAGACUCUGCUGUGCUCGAGAGUAAUGCAAAACCAGAGGGAGCAGAUGAACCCACCAAAGAGGGGAAGAAGCCGAACUCUGCACCUUUAUCCUCAGCGCGGAGUUAUAAGAAGUUCACCUUCUCUGAUCUAGACGACCCCCUGGAUGAUUUGCUUCCAGGUGACUCAAAGCCUGACUUGAAAUCUAGCUUCUCCAAACCUGAAAAAUCUGUGCCAUCUCCUUCAGCAUCUCCCAUUCUAAAGAAUGAAACGACUAAGGCAACAAAGAAAGGCGAGCUCACGUUUGAGGAUGAUAAGGAUGACCUAAUGGAUACACUCGGAUUUGACAGCAAUAAAAACAAUCCCAAGAAAAAAGAAACACCGCUUUGGUCUCCCAAGGAAAGAGCCGACGCCCCUCAGAGACCUCGUACCAGAAUUGAUGAGAUUCUGGAGAGUUUCACGUCACCGCGUCUUCUGGAGCGACCACCAACGGGCGAGAGGAAGGACGAGCUUCAGUCUCAAGAAAAGCCGCAACAGGAGAAGACGUCUGCUGGGAGAGAGCCUCGUUUAGAUGAUGACCUCACAUUUGGAUCCUAUCAGCCCACACUGGGAUCCACUUCUGAAGGGCGUCAGUCUCGUAGACAGUCUGUCAGAUUUUCUACUGAGGACAUGAGUGUAUCUACGCCAGAAAAGAAGCCAAAGCCCACCACUCCCACAUCUUCUCGACAACGCAACUCAGCCGACUGGCUGGGCCUCAAGACAGAAGAUGAGCCGGUCUAUCUAGAGGAGGGCAUCGAUAAGACAAAGAAUCCAGCAGAGGCUUCAAAGAGCCCCUCAUCUCCUUUACUGGAAAGAAAGCCCUCAUUCACUGGUAGCCAUUCCACAUCUGUUGCAAAAACACCAGAAGAGAGCUCAGCCCCAGCUGACAAUACCAUUAAACAGGCCAAGCCUGAGGUUUCUAAGACCCAGAGGAAAGAAGGGGAUGAUGAGGAUGACUGGUUAGCUGGGGCACUGAGCAGGAGGAAAGCUCUGUCCGCGUUAAACACAGAGGCAAAACCAUCCAAGCAGGAAGAGUCUUUCACUGACUUCAGUGUUAGUAAACAAGUAACGUCACAAACUCCCAAAAGCAGAGAAGACACGCUUCCUUCAAUCAAAGAAACGAGUGACACUUUUCCCGGACGCCUCGGUCCUGCUGCUCAUUCCACGCCUGUCAGAGAAGAAAGGUCUAAUCAUGUUAACGAGUAUACACCCACAGGCGAGUGCUACCUCCCCUCCACCUUAGCAUCAUCCCCACCAAACCCACUCCAUCCAUCAGCUCUUAGUUCGCCUUAUCAUUCAGUUUACUCUGCUAGCGAUACUGAUCCCUUGUUAGCCUCUGCUGUUAGCAUUCAGUCCAAACCCCACCACUUCCCAUCCAGUACAAGAUCCAAGGUGCUAACAGAGCCCACUCAGGCUUCAAAUGAAACCUUGCAACAACUGCCUUUGCCCAGCCCCCUGUCUGCUGCACUGCCCGGCACAAUGUGGUAUCCGCAGCAAAAUGCAACGCUAAACACAUCAGCUGCUUUCCCACAACAGGCAUCAUUUUCAGCCGACAGUCUGCAGCAGCUGCUUCUCCAAAACCAGCUGAUGCAGACUCAGUUGCUGGGCCUAGGCGGUGUGGUUGAUGCGGGACUCCUGCGGCGCCUUACAGAAAAAGAACAACCUGCAGACUAUCAAGCUUUACAGGCCCGCGUCAUCCAGUUGGAGGGACAGGUCAAGACUUUGCAGCUGGAGCGAGACCAAAGCCAAAUGAUACUGGAGAGCAUGCAGCAGCGGCACAAACAGGAUAUGGAGCUCCUGGAGAACGCACACAAAGCUCGUGUGAAACUGCUCGAGGAUUCGGUUGCCCAGCGGGAGACUCAAGCGCGACAUGAGUGCGAAGACCUGAUGGAACGCCUGGCAACGGUAACGCGAGCGGCUGAGAAGGAACGCUCAGAGCUUCAGGCUCAGUACCAGCGGAAAAUGGCCCAGGCCCAGCAGGAAAGAGACUGUGAGGUGGAGAGACUCAGAGACCUUCAGAGAAAAUCUAUCUUGGAGAUGAAGAGAGACUAUGAGGAUCAGAUCCACAGGCUGAAGAGGCUAAAGGAAGAAGAGAUCGAUGCUGUUACAAGCGCAACAUCUCAGACCAGGUCCGUGGCAGGGGUGAUUGAAAGGAUGGAGCAGUUCUCCUCACGGCUUGGAGAGCUUUCCUCUCGGGUGGAGAGCACGCACGAACACACCGCUCACGGCCUGGAGCAGGAGGCACGGCACAGAGACGAGCAGCUUCGAACAAUGCAGGGUCAUCUGGCCCAGCAGCAGAAAGCCAUGGCAGAGGAGAAAGCGUACCUGAAGGACAUUAUUUCCAGGAUGGACACUCAGCUUAAAGAGCAGCAGAGACAGCUUGAGAAGGAGCGCUGGAAGAUGACAGCAGAGCAGGCCAAAGCCGAGUCGACCCAAAGAAGCCUGGAGGAAGAGCGGUGUGUCCUCACCACGCAGAUCAGCGUGGAGCGAGAGGAGCUGGAGAGAGCCAAGAGCGCGUUACUGGAGGAGCAGAAGUCAGUGAUGCAGCACUGCGCGGAUGAGAGGAGGAAGCUGGCGGCCGAGUGGGCACUCUUCCACGCCCAGGAGAAGCAGAGGCAUGAGAGGGCUGAGCGUGAGGUCAGCAGUCUGUUGGAGAAGAGGGAGGGCUCCAUCAUAAGUCUGGCACAGGAGCAAGCUGACUUGAAGCUUCGCACGGCCGAGCUGAAACAGAAGGAACUUGCUGUGGCACGGGAGCGAGAGGCUCUGGAAGAACUUAGAGAAGAGCUGGACAGAGAGAAAGAAAGACUAAGCAGCACGGCCCUGAGACUCAAAACACGAGCCCAGGAGGUCGAGGCAUUCAGCAAGCUCGCGGCAGAGAAGUAUGAGGAGGGGGAACGAGCGUUGCAGGAGGCGAAACGAUUGGAGGCGGAGCACGAGGCGCGACUGAGAAAUAUUCACACCCAAACAGAGCACCUGAGGCAACAGGAGCAACGGAUUUUAAAGGAGCAAAUACGAUUAAGUCACCUGCAUAAGGAUACACAGAGGCUGGGCCAAAACCCUCCUCUUACACCUCUACCACAAAUUAUUGCCCCCGUUUUAACAGACUCAGUUUCAGAGCUGCCUGCAACCCUAAAUGUUCCUCCUCCAGUUUCAUUUACCAGCUCUCAGUCUAUGGCACUUCAGGCCAAUCUGGCUCUGUGGAGAUAUACUGCAGAAAAGGACCGUGAAUACCUACAAGAGGAGCAGUUCUUUCUAGAAAAUCUGAAAAAGAAAUCUUACAGAUCUUUCAGCACAGAUUGACCAACACAUGCUGGGCUUUCCUCCCAGCACAUAUGGAAUCACGUUACUUUCUAUACUUCAAUUUUAUAACUCGUAGUUUUAUUAAAAAACACGUUUCUGAUCCAA